GUACAGAGCUCCAACUAUAAGUAUGAUGCUGUGCUCUGCAAACUGAGCAUUUCACUGCUGAAUCUUGUCCAGAAAAUGGCGACUUCACUAGAAACAGAGCACCCCGUGAAGGCUUUUGCAUGGGCUGCUAAUGACCCAACUGGGGUUUUUGCUCCUCUCAAGUUCUCAAGAAGGGAAACUGGUGAGCAUGAUGUGCAAUUUAGAGUUCUUUACUGUGGUAUCUGCCAUUCUGAUCUUCACUUGGCCAAGAACGAUUGGGGCUUCACCAUUUAUCCCUUGAUUCCUGGGCAUGAGAUUGUGGGAGAAGUAACUGAGAUAGGGAGCAAGGUGAAGAAAGUCAAAAUCGGGGACAAAGUAGGCGUUGGAUGCUUGGUCGGAUCGUGUCGCCAGUGUGAUGAGUGUGCUAAGAAUCAAGAAAGUUACUGCCCCAAACAGAUAAUCUCAAUCAACAGCCGUUAUUAUGAUGGGACGGUCACAUAUGGAGGUUUCUCAAACAUCAUGGUUGCGGAUGAGUAUUUUAUCAUCCGUUGGCCCGAGAACUUGCCCCUUGAUAGCGGUGCUCCUCUCCUAUGUGCCGGGAUCACAACUUACAGCCCGUUGAGGCAGUUUGGACUCGACAAGCCUGGUGCGAGCGUAGGGGUUGUCGGUCUAGGUGGGAUCGGCCAUCUCACGGUGAAAUUUGCCAAGUCCUUUGGGAGUAGGGUGACAGUCAUUAGUACGUCUGCUAACAAGAAGAAGGAAGCAAUUGAAACUUUUGGCGCAGAUGAGUUUUUGGUUAGCCAUGACCAAGAACAGAUGCAGGCUGCUGUCGGGACGUUGGAUGGUAUCAUCGAUACCGUCUCUGCGAAUCACUCCCUUCUACCAUUGAUAAAUUUGCUGAAGCCCCAUGGCAAGCUUAUCUUGGUUGGUAUUCCAACAGAACUCGAGGUGCCUGUUUUCCCCCUGCUUCUAGGUGGGAAGUCAAUUGUAGGGACCGCUAGUGGAGGAGUGAAAGAGACACAAGAUAUGCUCGAAUUUGCAGCCGAGCACAAGAUACUGCCAGAUGUGGAGGUGAUCCCGAUCGACUAUGUCAACACGGCCAUGGAGCGUCUUGAGAAAGGCGACGUGAAGUACCGGUUCGUUAUUGAUAUCGGGAAUUCGUUGAAGGCCGAGUGAUCCUAUUGUUGUCAUGGAGUUGCUACACUGGUCGUCCUUCUAAAAUCGUUUUGUGUUGAAGCAAAAAAGAUGAAGAUUGUUGGUUGUUUCUUCUUUGGAAUAUGUUGUUCUGAAUAACAAUAUUAACAUUAUAUUUGUUGUCCCUAUAAAUAAGACAUUAGUAAUGAUAAUUUACAUAGAA